UGUUCAUUUCUUUGAGAGAAGGAUGGCGGCUGCCGAUAGACCGUUGCCGCCUUCUGCAGCUGCCGGGCUUCCCCAGCCGUCUGGAGACGCCGGGCGGCCUUCCGCGCAUAUGGCGGCGCUCAUCUUGGCCCGCGGGGGCAGCAAAGGGAUCCCGCUGAAGAACAUUAAGCUGCUGGCUGGAGUCCCGCUUAUUGGCUGGGUGUUGAGGGCAGCCCAGGACUCCGGCGUCUUCCAGAGCGUCUGGGUUUCCACCGACCACGAAGAAAUAGAGAAAGUGGCCAAGCAGUUUGGGGCGCAAGUCCAUCGAAGGAGCUCGGAAGUGUCCAAAGAUUCCUCUACCUCCCUGGACGCUAUUGUGGAGUUUCUUCAGUAUCAUGACGAGGUCGACAUCGUAGGAAACAUCCAGGCCACCUCUCCGUGCCUGCACCCCACCGAUCUGAUCCGAGUGGCCAAAAUGAUCCGAGAGGACGGCUUCGACUCUGUCUUUUCUGUAGUGAGGCGACAUCAGUUUAGGUGGAGUGAAAUCAAAAAAGGAGUGUGUGAGGUGACGAAACCGCAGAACCUGAAUCCGGCAAAACGUCCCCGGCGCCAGGACUGGGAUGGGGAACUUUAUGAAAACGGUUCAUUUUAUUUUGCCAAACGGUCGCUGAUUGACAAGGGGUACUUACAGGGUGGGAAGAUGGCUUAUUACGAAAUGCGGGCCGAGCACAGUGUGGAUAUCGACGUGGACAUCGACUGGCCGAUCGCUGAGCAAAGAGUCUUGCGGUUCGGCUAUUUUGGAAAAGAGGCUCUGAAAGAGGUGAAGCUGCUGGUUUGCACCAUCGACGGAUGCCUGACCACCGGCCACAUCUAUGUGUCUGAAGACGGAAAAGAGGUCCUUUCUUACGACGUCAGGGAUGCUGUCGGAAUUCAGUUGUUACAGCAAAGGGGUGUUGAAGUGCGGCUGAUCUCUGAACGGAACUGCUCACCCAAGACGCUUUCUUCCAUGAAGCUGGGCUGCGUGGCAGAAGUAGGCGUGGCCAACAAGCUGCCCAUUGUCGAGAAAUGGAGGACGGAGCUGAACCUGUGUUGGAAGGAAGUGGCGUACUUAGGCAACGAGGAAUCAGACGUGGAGUGCUUGAAGAAAGCCGGCAUGAGCGCCGUCCCCGCUGACAGCUGCCCGGCUGCUCAGAAAGCCACGAACUACAUUUGCAAAUGUAACGGUGGCCGUGGUGCGAUCCGGGAGUUUGCGGAGCACAUCUUCCUUCUGAUGGAAAAAGUGAAUUCAGCGGGAAAGAAAGUGUGAUCACAAACCCCUGAAGCUGCUUCCACUGUAGGGGAAGGAAGAAAGCGUCGCCUUAUUCUUUCUCUCUGCUGGUUUCUCUGUCGUUUACGGGCGGCUUUGGUUUUGACAUUUCAGAAAUCCAAAGAGCAUUGCUGAGAAAUGCGAAGCACGAUAUAUAUAUAUAUAUAUUUUCCCCCAAGCACUUAAAAGUUAAUUUCCAACUGCU